UCGUCGCUGGUUGGCUACUGGUUCGCGCAUGCGCAGUGCACAGGGUAAGCCACGCAACUACCCUUUACAGUUAUGGGAAAUCCGGUUAGACGUGUGACAGACUCGAAACGACGCGGCAAACGCGGACCUACCUAACCACGGUCACCGAACAUAACCUCAAAAUUGUUCCGUGUCGCUCGAUUUGCCAGCUAAUUUGCUGAAAAGUGAUCUAAUUCGCGCGCGCCUAGUUUGUUUCACCUGAUUACACACGGGACUUCAAAAACGGACUCAGGGUCUUAGCUAGGUCUUAACUUCAAAAACGGGACUUGUGGUCUUAACUUGAAAAUCGGACUUAGGGACUUAGCUGUUAGUUGAAGGUUCUUGGUUAUACUUGACUUAACUUCAAAAACAGACUUAAUAGGAAAAGUGUGAUCUAAGGAACAUGGAGACAAUGUUUCUUGUUUGAUACCUUCUGACUUCGUGCUCUAGGAUCGUAUUACGAUUUGUAACAAUUCUGUGAUUGACUGGGAACGACACUGUAUACUUUCAGGCAUGCUUCAGGGGAUAGCACGACCGGAGCAGGGUCUGCUGCCUCCUCAUCAUCAUCACCACCAUCAUCAUCAUCAUCAGACCCUGGGCAGGCACCCCCUGGCCCCCACCGCCCCAUGGCCUGUCACUUCACAGGCCGACGAUUUGCCCCACAAAGGACUACUCCGCACUGCCGAAGGUCACAGCGGUGUGAAUCAGCUGGGCGGUGUAUUCGUUGGAGGACGCCCCCUGCCCGACAGCACCCGGCAGAAAAUUGUCGAAUUGGCACAUUCCGGAGCAAGGCCUUGCGACAUAUCGCGAAUACUUCAAGUCUCCAAUGGAUGUGUCUCCAAAAUACUUGGCAGGUACUAUGAGACGGGCUCGAUACGACCUCGCGCCAUAGGCGGUUCCAAGCCUCGGGUGGCAACUGCUGAGGUCGUCGCAAAAAUCUCGCAAUAUAAACGCGAGUGUCCCUCCAUCUUCGCCUGGGAAAUCAGGGACCGAUUAUUAGCCGAGGCCGUUUGCACUAACGACAAUAUACCCAGUGUAUCAUCAAUAAACCGAGUUCUCCGAAACCUGGCCGCCCAGAAAGAGGUGCAUAGCUCGGUGUCACCCGCACCUGACUCAGUCUACGACAAGCUGAGGCUCCUCAACGGUCAAGCAACGGCUUGGCCUAGACCGAACCCAUGGUACCCCUCAAGUGGAGGAAGCCCCUUCUCCUUACAACCGAGCGCUGUUAGUCCAUCUAUAAUGACCGAAGUCCCCGAUAUGCCUUCAAUAAAAAAAGGUUGCGAGGUUGACGGAGUGGCGUCAGACGAGACUUGCACGUCAGGUGGUGACGGCGACAACUCGAAUCCCGGGUCCAACUGUGACGACGACCAGGCACGACUGCGGCUCAAACGCAAGCUGCAACGCAACCGCACCUCAUUCACCAACGAGCAGAUCGACAGUCUCGAAAAAGAAUUCGAAAGGACUCACUACCCAGAUGUGUUUGCCAGAGAACGACUAGCUGCUAAGAUAGGCCUCCCAGAAGCACGGAUACAGGUGUGGUUCUCUAACCGGCGCGCGAAAUGGAGGCGCGAGGAGAAAUUGCGCAAUCAGCGGCGAAGUGGCGACCAACCCUCCGCACCCCCCGAUGCACCCCCCUCCCCUGGUCGGCUGCCGCACUCCUUCGCCCCAAACUCCAUGUAUGCGGCUGCCCUUCCCAACACCGACUCUUACAGUUCAAUGAGUGCAAUGUCCAACUUCGGUUCGAUGACGUCGAACCACCACCCGGGGGCAGGAGGCAGCCCACAGGGGGGCACACCCACCCCCUCGUCCUGUCUCCAACAGCCCCCUCCGCCCCCCUACUCCUGUAUGGCACCCCGCUACGACCCACUGGCCGGCUUCACUACGCACAGGAGCGCGCACUCGCCACCAACACAUCUCUCCUCCCAGCAGGGCUACCAACCGUCGACGCACGCGCAUGCACAGUACACGGCACCCACACCUAGCUCUACAGGUCUGAUAUCACCGGGCGUAUCUGUUCCAAUAGCAGUUCCCGGACAAAGUCCGGACAUGAAUAUGGGAAGCCAGUAUUGGCCGAGGCUACAGUGACAUUGGUGGACCUAAAACAGUCACAAUUUUCGACAAAAAUGGUUAUUCCGAGCUAAAAUCAUGACAAUUAUUAGACAAAAUUAUGAUAAAUUAGUGCGAAAACCAACAAACAAUUACUGCACAAAAUAAAAUUGUGUUCGGCUUGAUUUUAUUAGCAAAAAUAAUUAGUGAAAAUUGUGAAUUUUGAUCCAAUCAUUACCUGAAUCUGAUAAUUUAUUUUCAAGUACCGGCAAAAAUUAUAAUGAAGAGAUUCCAAGCAGAAACUUCUUAUAAUGAAAAUAAUAAUAUUAUUGAACAGUAGCCUAUGAUAUACAUUUUUCAAAUUGUUUAGUGAAUUUUUCUCCAUCGUAAUUCUUAACAUUUGUUUUGUUGACAGGGGUUGUAAAUUUAUGCAAGAAUAGAAAGUGUACCAUUUUGAUCUUGCUUAUAUAUAAUGUGUAUUAAUUCAAAAUAAUGAAAAAUUUAAUUUAUUUAUUUAAUUAUGGAACGGUUCUACAAUAUUGACAAUGACUCAGUCGAAUUUUUAAAAUAAUGAGUUAUUUUUUAUUUUAUUAGGUAUCUUAUUUAUUGUACAUGCUGGAAUAAUGAUAACUGAAUAUUUAUUUUGAGCUGUGUAGGUGCAGUUUAAUUUUGCAAAAAAUAAGGUGUUAUUCAUUGUACGACCUGGAAUAUUAUGGCAGUUUAAUAUUUAUUUUGAGCUAAGUACCGAGUGCAAUGGAAAAGCGUGGAUGAUGAUCUCUUAAUUGUAUUUAAUUGAAGUUGAAAAUUCGUAAACACAAAUGGAUAUACUGACAAGAGAACACGGAAUACAUUCUUAGAGUUAGUAAAUCAAAUUACACUAAACAUGAGAGAGUAAAUUUUGCAUUCUCUCUCAUCUUCUCUAUGUAUUUUAAUAUUGCAUUAUAUGAUAAAUAAGUUGGUUACUGGAUUAAUCAUGGAUUUAUUCGCACAGAACUCAGAAAUUUUGUGAGGAAUAUUGUUUAUUAGAAUUUCACCUCAUUCUCAAGGAUAAUAACUAAAUACAAAUCCAAUAUUUUUAAGCGUUUUAUUUAAUGAAUCAAAAAUAAUGUAACACGGUGCAUUAAGAUCAUAACGAUCAAAUGACGAUUGCCGAAUAUAUCCCAUUUGGAAAGUUCUGGGAAUGAUAGAAUAACAAAAAUAAUUUACAACUUCCUUUGGAGCUUAUUUUUUUAUCAAGUGCUUUCAAAAUCCCACUAGAAUAUAAAUACAUACUUGGUUUCUGAAUGAUUCAAUUUUACUCGUAUCGUUUUAAAAAGUUGAAAAAUUCUCUACUAUUUCUAGUUGUGAAUAAUUUUAUUUCCACAUAUAUUUGUGAGAAGAAAAUCCCUACUCACUCAAUAGUAGUUAUUUACAUCAGAAUUUGAAAGUGGGGAAAUGAAUAAACCUUCAACCUAUAUCGAUAGAUAUAGAUAUAUAGCAGUAUUCAGUUUUCUAACAGUAAAUUCAGUUUUCUAACAGUAAAUUCAGUUUUCUAACAGUGUAUACUUUAAAUUAAUAUAGAAUUAAAAUACUGAUAAAUAAAAUGAAAAAAUUGAAUAAAUUUGAUGUAAUUUCUGUUAAAUUGGAUUACUUUGAAAUAGAUAAUGAUCUCAUUCAUAAUACACAUGCAAUAGUUAUAAAUAAUAAUAGGGGUUGUGAUAUGGAUAGUAUAUGUAAAGAUAUUGGAACAAUAAAUUCCGAUUUUGCAAUUGAAUAAUAUAGGCUAUAUUAAAAUAAUAUAUUGUUUUAAAAAGGGCUAACAAACGUAAAAUCUUUUAAUAUCACCUGUAUUGUCUCUAUUUAGUGGAAAGUCUUCAGUACAAAAUUGGUUCUUCAUGGUAGAUUCGAAUACUGUAGAAUAUUUAUUUUUCAAAUAAUUUAAUAAUUAUAAUGUGCCCUAGCUUCAGAGCUGUACCCAUUCUCAUUUGAGCUUAAAAACAUGUCGAUCUUAAGCCUUCAAACACUCACAUGUUUCCUUGAUAGAUAAGAGUGACUUAUUCCAUAUUCUAUAAGUGCUGUAUCGUUCAAAUUACAGGACUAAAUUGAUUUCAAGUUUUUCACUACCAAUAAAAUUUUCUUCAUUAAAAAUUAUUGCGAUUUAUCUUUCUUUCUUCAAGCACAAAUUCUUUCAGCACAAAACCUAUCAGUAAGUAAAUUCUGAACUUAGACAACUUGAAAUUAUUAUGAAAGAAUAUUUAUUAAAAGCACAAUUCAAUUAUUCUUUAAUCAUAUAAUCUGCCAUAUUUCAAUUCAUGUGACUUGGCAGUAGAAUUUUAUAUACUUGACUUAUCUUGUAGCCAAGCUGAAUUUGAGAACUACUUUUUGUUGUUAUGUUUCUUAUAAAUGAUGACUUCAACUAAUAACUUACUAAAAUGUUUAAGAAAAAAUUGUGAUGUUAACAAUUUACUGUAAACUGUAUAGUGAUAUGUAUAGUAUGUAUACUUCUCGAUUAAUUGUAAUGUAGAAACUGAAUGAAAUCGAAAUCAAUUUGAUUUGUUAUAAGUUCUGGUUGUGUGUGUGUCUAUAAGAGUAAACAAUUAUUAUACUGA